AUGGUGACAUUCAUUGUGUUGAUAUUGUUGGCUGGCACGUUAUCUUCUGAAAUAAGAGUCGAGUGGUGUAAGUAUACUGAUAAAAUUGUAUGCGUUCCAUUCAACAAAGGGUGUGGACCAAAUUAUCAAUGGAGUUUAUCAACAAAUAGAAUACAAUUGCCCGUGAUAAAUGAAGGAUUUAUUAUAGAUUGCAAAUUAAACACACAACUCGAAGUGACUAUCAAUUUUAAAUUCAAUUUUGUGUUGAAUUUUGAUAGAAAUAAUAAUAAAUACACAUAUUCCCAACAGUUUGACAAAUUUACAUUCAUACAAGAAAUAUUAAACAAUAAAAAGAUUGUCAAGAACAAACACGAAGUUCUCAAAACGUCUUGUAACAAUUGUAAACAGUGUGAUUUAUAUAAUAAUUGCGAGAAAUGCAAUGAUGGGUAUUAUUUAUAUAACAAUUCGUGUUAUACAUGCGAUUCAUCGUGUCGUACUUGCAAUGGUAAAAAACAAAACAGUUGUUUGUCGUGCCCGUUUUCGUAUGGUGUUUCAAAUGGAUAUUGUGUAAAAUGUGAUGCAUCUUGUUUAGAAUGUAAUGGUUCUGGUCCAAACAAUUGUAUUUCAUGUUUCAAAAAUUAUUAUCUAACGUCUGGUUAUUGUUCAAAGUGUGAUUUAACUUGUAAUGAAUGCAAUGGACCAAAUGCCAACAAUUGUAUUUCGUGUAAUCCUUAUUAUUAUUACUCAAAUGGGUAUUGUUUAAAGUGUGGUUAUUCAUGUAUUUUUUGUAAUUUUACUAAACCUGAAUAUUGCUUAUUCUGCGAUUUAAAUUUUUAUAACUCAAAUGGGUAUUGUCUUAAAUGUGAUCAAAACUGUAAUGGCUGUGGGGGAACUGCUGAUAAUUGCACACACUGUAAUGACGGGUUUUAUUUAAAUAAUGGGUCGUGUAUCCAAGGUACUUUAAAUUGUAAGAAAUUUGAAAAUUCUAUAUGUAUUUCUUGUAUACCGUAUUAUUAUUUAUCAGACAAUGUUUGUAACAAAUGUCAUUCCGAAUGUUAUAAUUGUAAUGGCCCUGAAAAAACAAACUGUACUACGUGUCCAAAUGGAAAAUAUGUCGAUAAAACUCAUGGGGAAUAUAAUCACACAUGUCAACCAUGUAUAGAAAACUGUAAAACUUGUGAAAACUCUAUUAAUUGUUAUGAAUGUGAAAAUGGGUAUUACUUAUCUAAUGGUGAGUGUGUUAAAUUUGAUAAUGAAUAUUGUGCAUCUAUAAAUAAUAGUAAAUGUAUUUCUUGUGUUUUUGGAUAUUAUUUGGAUAAAAACGAUUGUUUAAAGUGUCCCGAUGUAUGCAUAUCCUGCUUUGGACCAACAAUCAAUCAGUGUGAAAAUUGCAUUGAUGGGAUUAUUUUACAUCAAACACGUGCUUUCAAUGUUCUUCGACGUGUCAAACAUGCAAAUACAAUCCGACCAUAUGUACUUCUUGUGAGUCAGAUUCAAGGUAUUUGUGGAACAAUGAGUGUAUUGUUUGUAAUAAUUGUAACCCCGGGCAUUGCAUAUCAAAUAUAA